CGCAAAAGUCGCCUCUCUCCUCCGUUCAAAGCAACCCAUCUCCUCUUCCUUUUCACCUUCCUUUUCUCUUUCUUUUCUUUCCAUCAGCUGCACGCGUCCAUCCGAGCUCCAAAAACGAGAAAGCUCAACUCGAAUCGAAAGCCCAAAUUGUCCCCGGACACGCAACACGCAGGAACCGAUCAGGGCGGGGCGGGGUGUAGCUCGACAGGGCUCUCGGCGUGCUGCGAUGGCGGUGGUGUCGGCGCUGGCCAAGUACAAGCUGGUGUUCCUCGGCGACCAGGCGGUGGGGAAGACGGCCAUCAUCACCCGCUUCAUGUACGACAAGUUCGACGCCACCUACCAGGCGACGAUCGGGAUCGAUUUCCUCUCCAAGACGAUGUACCUCGAGGAUCGCACCGUCCGGCUGCAGCUUUGGGAUACAGCUGGGCAGGAGAGGUUCCGGAGCUUGAUCCCAAGCUACAUCAGGGAUUCUUCUGUGGCAGUGAUCGUUUAUGAUGUGACUGACAGGCAGUCUUUUUUUAGUACAUCGAAAUGGAUUGAGGAGGUAAACACGCAACGAGGUGGUGAUGUGCUCAUCGUCCUUGUUGGAAAUAAAACAGACCUUGUUGACAAGAGGCAAGUAUCCACUGACGAAGGAGAGGCCAAAGCGCAGGAGCAGGGCGCUAUGUUCUUGGAAACCAGCGCAAGAGCUGGAUACAACAUCAAGCCGCUGUUCCGCAAGAUCGCUGCAUCGCUGCCUGGAAUGGACGCGCUCUCAUCGGCACGGCAGGAAGACAUGGUGGACAUAAACCUACGACCUGCUGCCUCCGGGCAAAUACCUUCAGGGGCAGAAGCACAAGCAGAGCAGAAAGCUGGCGGUUGUUCCUGCUGAGAGUUUUGUAUUCAGAGAAAUCCUGGUUGCGCUUCAGACUUCAAAUUAGUACAUAUUCAGACUCAGUGAAUUCUCAUGUUGUUUGGAUUGUCAGUAUCGAGUCGCGUAUAGUGAUUUUGUGUAAU